AUGAAUAAUUAAAGUGAUAGAAAUAUUAGCUCGCGAAGAUCCAGUAUUGGACCGACUUUCACAAGAAAUCCAUCAUAUUUAUAAUAUAGAAAAUAAAAUUCAGAUUGCUCCAUCUAUUCAGAAUCAAAAGAUCAAGGAGAGUCAAUUAAACAAUUAAAACAAGAUUGUGAAGAGAGAUAAUCAAGAGCUCAAUCAAUUUAUAGUUCAUUUGCAGUAUUAUGCUUUCUAAAGUUAGAAAAAACUCUUUUCAAAAAGUGGGGACAUUAAAAAAUAAUUUAGUGAAUAAGAAAAAGCAACAAACUUUUUCAAACAAAUUAAAAGCAAAGCCAUUAUCAAUAGAUUUAUCUCAAAUCUUUUUAGAAACUCUUACAUUUUACCUGAAAAGUUGAAAUCAUAACUCUAAGAUUAGUACUUAUCUAAGCACACAUCUUUAUAAAAAUAAUAAUCAAGUACUUUUUAAUUCUAAUUUCAAUAGACAUAGUAGAUAAUUCUAAAUUUAUAAAAAUAUUUCAACCUGGUAGUUAACUCUUAAUGUAUUGGGAUUUGAUUGGAAUUAUUAUAAACAUGAUUUCUUUAUGGUUAAGCCCAUUUUAAGCAGCUUUUGCAUAUCAAUCUCCACUUAUUUUGAUUGUCACCAUUAUUUGGUAUUUAUUUUUGGAGAUAUUGGUGAAUUUAAAUAGAUCCACUAUUUCUUUUGGAGAAAUUAUUAACACUAGAAGCUAAAUUAUUAAACAUUAUUUAUAAGGAUAAGGAGCAUAAGAUUUAAUAAGUCUUAUAAUUUGGAUAGCGAUAUUCAAUAAAUCUCAAGAGAAUCUUGUAUUUGAGAUUCUUUAAAUCAUAUAAAUAAUGGUAACUACCAAAAAAGUAAUUACAAAUUUUGAUAAAUUUCUUGAAUCCCUCUAUUCUAAAGGAUCUUUAUCAAAUUUGAUUGACUUAUUUUCUCUAGUCAUAUCUAUAUUCUUUUUUGCACAUAUAAUGGCAUGUGUAUGGUAUUUUGUUGGGGAGAAGAGUGGUAUGCUUUUAGAUAGAUCUUGGUUGAAAAAAUAUGAAAUUGAGAAUGAAAGUAUAAUGAUGAAAUAUAACUAUUCAAUAUAUUGGGCUACAACAACUAUUGUAACAGUAGGGUAUGGAGAUUUAACACCCUAGAAUUGGAUAGAAAUAGUAUUCACAAUAAUAAUGAUGUUUUUAUCAAGUUGUGUUUAUGCAUACUCACUGAAUUCUAUUGGAAUUAUUUUAAAGAAUAUUUAAGAUACUAAAUAUUAAUAUAAAAAAAUGUUAUUGAGAAUUAAUGAUUAUAUGGAUAAGAAUAAUGUUGAAGUUGAAUUAUAAUUGAGAGCAAGAAAUUUCAUAAAGCAUCAUUUAUUUUAGAAUGAAAAUCAAGAAAGUUAGGAAGAAAUUAGUAAUAUAAUGGAAAAACUACCAGAGGAUUUAAGAAAUCAAAUUACAAAAUCAAUUCAAUUAAAAAUCUUAAAUUAGAUAACUUUUCUCAAAGAUUUAUUUUCAACAUAAGCAGUUACUGAUAUUUCUCGAUAUCUUGAAACUUAAUAUUUAGGACCUAAUGAUAUAGUAUUCUAAUAGAAUGAAUCUAGUGAUUCUAGUUUGUAUUUUUUUUUAUAAAUAAUAUAGAUAUUUUGUACAAUCAGGAUAGAUAGUUUUAUUCGAAGAGAAAUCUAACAAAAUUUUAACAACAUUAAAUAAAGGUGAUAAGUUUGGAGAAUACUCAUUUUUUACUGGACUUUAUCCAAAAUAUUCUGCUAAAUGUAUCAGUGAUGCAAUACUAUAUAAAAUAUAGAGAGAGAAAUUCUUAUACAUCAUUUAAUAUUAUUAAAAAGAUUUUUAAAGGUUUCAUAAUAUUAAAGAUUAAAUAUUACUAAAUUCUGAUUAUUCCAAAUGCCUAUCAAGUUGUUAGAAUUGUCGAUUAUUUACACAUUAAAUUAUAGAUUGUCCAUUAUUUUAAUAUAAACCAAAUUUAGAAAAAAGAAUUAAAGCUGCAGCAUAUAAAGAAAAUGAAAAUUUAAGAGUAUUCCAUAGAAGAACAUUACAUAAAUCUAAUUGUCGAAAAAUUUGCAGAAAUAUAGAAUUAUCAAUUAAAGCAUUUCAAGAUGAAAAUGAAUCAAAGGUUUAAAUUUCUGAUUAUUAAUCUGGUUAUUUAUAUAAAACAACUUUUGAAGAAAGGGAUAAAUAUACAUCAGAAGAACCAAAAUCUAAGAUUGUAAUAGCUGAUUAAGAUUAUGUAUAACCUACAAAUUUUGUUUCAUCUAAUUAUGUUUAAUAGAGAAGACAUUAAACAUAAUUUAAACCAUCUAUUAUAGCUUAAAUGCCAAAAUAAAGAAUGUCAGUUGUAUAAUAAGAUUUCAAAUCUUAAAACUAAUUGUUAAAUAAUUCUUUUAAUUCUUCAUCAUAUAACAAACUUUAAUCUGAUUUACUAUUAGCAUCAUUUCAUCAAACUAGUAUACAUCUUGAUUAGAUGAUGAAUUAUAAAGAUUAUAUGCCAUAAAAUAAUAUUACAGCAAUCAUCAUCUAGAUUGAGAAGAAUCCAAAAAGAUAAUCUAAAAGAAGAAAAAGAGAAUUAGAUUACUUAAAUAAAUAUACUUUCUUUUACUAUGUAAAGACUAUGGCAAUUAAAAUAAGAAGAACUUAACGUAGAAUGGCUUAGUAAUGGUGA